ACACCAGCUCGAGCUCAGAAAAUUCAAACCGUCGAGACGCUCGACCGCUCUCAACUGCCAUUGAAGAGCUACUGUGUGAGAGAUAAUGUCAAAUAAGAGGCAUGUUUGCGUUAUUUGGGCGAAUACAAACGAGGUCAGGAUAACUACUGAACAUUUUGACAAAGAGAAAAGCCUGCUGUUGGAUUCGGAGAGGGUUGGGCUGGUAGAGCACGGAUUACUCGACAUUAAGAAGCCCAAAGACAGAUGGAGGGCUUACCUGCCAGAGACUCGACACUGUGUGGAUUCUUAUAAUUCUGAAGAAGAGAAACACUCAGACUGGAAUAGAGCGUCCGGUCAAUUUCAAGAGGAAUCUAGGGUUUCUGAAAAUGAAGAAAGUGAAGAUUUCUGAAAGACCAAAGAGUCUGCUGAGAUGGGGGAGAGAGGGCUGCUCAUCCUUCUGCUUGCAGGGUUUUGUGUGCCUGCUUACAAUCAGAUCAUUAAACACGUGUUUGUGAAUACUCUGAAGAGCUGGUCUGCAGCUCAGAGCUACUGUAGAAAGAAUCACACAGACCUGGCCACUGUGCACAGCCAGGAAGAAGCACAGCAGCUCUUAAAUAUUGCAGGAGCUUCUCUCAAUACUUCUGCCUGGAUCGGGCUGUAUCGUGAUGGCACACAGAACUGGCAGUGGUCUAACGGCGAUGAUGUCAUCUACAAAAGCUGGACAAAAGACCUCUUCUGUGCUUCAAUCAAUUCAGUGGGACAGUGGGAGGACAGUGUCUGCUUUGAGACGAAAGCUUUCAUGUGCUACCAAGAGACCAGCACCAUCACUGAGAGAUACACCCUUAUUCAAGAACUGAAAACCUGGACUGAAGCUCAGCAGUACUGUAGAAAAUACCACACCGACCUCGUCAGUAUAAAGAACACCAGUGAAAAUGCAGACCUAGUGAAGAAAGCGCAGGGCAAGACCUUCUGGAUAGGCCUGUUCAAUGAUCCCUGGAAGUGGUCACACCAGGGGGAUAACUACACAUUUCACUACUGGAACAAUGAGGAACCAAACAAUGCGGGAGGCAAUGAUAAAUGUGUGAGGAUGUUCAAGAGUGGCACAUGGGGUGACAAAGACUGCAGCGUUCUGUACCCUUUCUUCUGCUAUGAUGAUCCAGCCCCCUCAGACCCUCCUUCAACACGACUCUCUGAAGAUCCAGCCCCCUCAGACCCUCCUUCAACACGGCUCUCUGAAGAUCCAACCCCCUCAGACCCGCCUACAACACCACUCUCUGAAGAUCCCAAAACCACAAGCCCCCCUUCCACUCCAGUCCCUCAAGAAGCAGAACCUUCGAGCCCCCCUUCCACUCCGGUCUCUCAAGAUCUAACCCCCUCAGACCCUCCUUCAACAACGCUCUCUGAAGAUGCAACCCCCUCAGACUCUCCUUCAACAACGCUCUCUGAAGGUAUGGAGUCAAAUCCUGGAGUCAGUUGAAUUUAGGUUUAUGACUCACUUGAAGAAAUAGUGACUGGCUAGUCUGACCUAGCUGACAAAAAUACAACUUCAGCUAAGCUGAUGAUUUUCAUUGUGAGCAUUGCCCUG